UGAGUCAUUUUGCCUUUAAUCUCUUUCAACUCAUUUUUCUCCCCCUUUACCUUAAACCCUGUGUUUGCCAAAACCCUCCCUCCUCCUCUACACUUCCUCCAAGUCUCACCUAGAAAUCCAAACGGUGUUUCGAUCAAGCAAAACACAUUUUCAUUCAAUUCACAGUGCUGUAAUUGCUUCCCAUAGCUUAAAUUUGUUAAGCUAUUUCCAAUUGACUCAAAAAUCAAAGUAAUCUCUUCUUCUAUGGCAUCAAAGAAGCAGAAGAAAAACGAAGAUAAAUACUCAUUAUCAGACCUGAAAACCCUAGGUCACCAACUUCUUUCAUCAAGAGCACACAUCAACAAUCUCCCUCUUCUCCUCUCAUUCAUCACUCCAUCUACUCGUCCAAAAUACGCACUCGAAUCUCUACUUUCUCUUCAAUCAUUUUUCCUUCCUCUUCUUCCCCAACUCCCUUCUUCUACUCAUUCAGUCUCGCAGAAUGAUCCCGAGUUUAUUUAUCGAACCUGGGUUCGUUCUAAGUUUGAUGACUUCGUUCAAUACCUCCUUGAUAUUGCUAUUUGUUCCGAAUCCAAUGAGGCACUUAGAGAAGUUGUGUUGGAUACGUUGAUGGAGUUUGUGAAAGUUGGAAAUGGUGGGAAGUUUCACUCUGCUAUUUACCACAGGCUUCUUGAUCGCGUUGUUCAUUCCUCCCUCGAUGUCCAUGAUGUUUUGCUCGAUUUGCUCUCAUCGAAGUAUUUUAAGUACAUUGAUAUACGAUAUUUUACUUAUAUCAGCUUCAAAAAGCUUUCCCAACGCAUAGGAGCCAAAGAUAUCUCCGACGAUAGAAGGGAGGGCCUAGACACCAGCGGUGUGAACCAGCCAGAAUCAAGCUUGGACCUCUCAGUUCUCAAGUUAUAUCAUCUACUAUCACAUAUCCCUCCCUUGGAAGGUUCAGAUGUCAAGUCAAACUAUGAUAUGUGGAACGCUGCAGGUAUAUUUACUGGAAAAGAAAAUGAGAAAGGUCACACCGGAAAGCAGUGCAAGGACGAAGCAACUAAUAUCAAGGUUUUAUCUCCAGCCAACAUCGCAAAAAAGAUGAAACUGAGAUUUUCUAAAGCCUGGAUAUCAUUCCUUGGACUACCACUUCCAGUUGAUCUUUACAAAGAGGUUCUGGUGAACCUUCAUCAAGUUGUUAUUCCCUAUCUGUCUAAUCCUCUCAUGUUGUGUGAUUUCUUAACCCGGUCAUAUGAUAUUGGCGGGGUAGUCAGUGUGAUGGCUCUUAGCAGCUUGUUCGUUCUCAUGACACAACAUGGUCUAGAUUACCCCAACUUCUAUGAAAAGCUCUAUGCUCUAUUGGAAUCUUCUGUUUUUAUGGCAAAACAUAGGGCUAGGUUUUUCCAGCUUCUUGAUUCAUGCUUGAAAUCACCACUUCUUCCUGCAUAUUUGGCAGCUUCGUUUUGUAAAAAACUCAGUUGGCUAUCACUUGCUGUCCCUCCUUCUGGAGCAUUAGUCAUUGUCGCUCUAAUUCAUAAUCUCUUGAGGAGACAUCCUUCCAUAAAUUGCUUGGUGCACCAGGAGGGUGGUAAUGAGACUACUACAGACAUUAAAAGUGCAGAGAGUGGGGCUGAUGAUAGCACCAACGUCUCCAGUCCCAGCAGAGUAAAAUCAAGCAUGAAGACUGGCAUUGAUCCUUUUGAUGACAAGCAGACUGAUCCUUUGAAGACUAAUGCAAUGAGGAGUUCUUUGUGGGAAGUUGACACACUCCGUCAUCACUACUGCCCACCGGUUUCAAGAUUUGUUUUGUCCCUUGAGAAUGAUUUGACAGUAAGAGCUAAAACUACUGAAGUAGCAGUCAACGAUUUCAGUUCUGGUUCAUAUGCAACAAUUUUUGGUGAUGAGAUUAGGAGGCGAGUUAAACAGGUCCCCCUUGCAUUCUACACAGCAACUCCAACUUUGUUGUUUCCGGAGUCCGAUUUUCUAGGUUGGACUUUCAAAUUGAAGGAUAAGGAUAGUACUGCAGUUCUGGACAAUACAUCAAAAGAAAAUGGUCAUUUUUCUGCAAAGCGAAGUCGAGGGGAGAGCUCAUGAUUUUACGGGAACCAAAUGGUUCUCAACCUGAUGUGAAUGUUCGUUAUCAAUUUUUUGUUUCUAAUUUGUAUCAUGAUUCAAUCAAAUUUCUCAUUUCUUUCUUUCAGGAAGCAAAUCUUUUGACAAUUUCACUAAAGCUAUAUUUUAAUGCGUAGUGGCGGCUUUUUAGCAUUUGUUCUUGAUAAA